AUGUCCUCUUUGGAGAACUCAGGAGUGAAAAUGAACUCUGAAGACUGGGAAAAAGAUGAAUUCCAGUGCUGCUCAGGAGACCAGGCUGGAAGCUUCCUGGAGCCUGGCCCAAGCCUCUACUCUGUGGGUUCUGCCCACUCAAGUUCAAAGUUGAAGUGUAAAGAGCCAAAGAAAUUCAACCUUCAUGCCCAGUUUCAGCAAGUUUUGGUCCUGGACUGUGGGAUUCUCAAGGCAGUUCCAGAUAGAAAGCAUAUACACCCAGAGAUUUUCUUUGUAUUAGCCUCACAUUUGCCCCCAGCCCCAAAGGAAAAAGGGAGUCCAAUUUUCUUGGCAGUCUCUAAGGGAGAGUUGUGUCUCUACUGUGACAAGGACAAAGGAAAAGGCCACCCAUCUCUUCAGCUGAAGAAGAAGAAACUGAUGGAACUGGGUACUCUGAAGGAACAAGAAUGCCGACACUUCAUCUUUUAUAAGUCUAAGGUGGGCUCCCAGUACACGCUGGAGUCAGCUGCUCACCCUGGAUGGUUCAUGUGUACCUCUCACUCUCCUAAUCAACCUGUUGAAGUGACAGAUAAAGCUGGAAAAAAGAAACACAUUGAAUUUUCAUUUCACCCAGUUCACAAAGUUGAAACAAGCUACAUGGAGGCCAGUGAUUAG